AUGAAGAAGAAGAAGAAGAUGACGACGACGAAAAUGAAGAAAACGAAGAAAAUAGCGAAGCAGCCCCAGCCGCGCGCGGAGGUGGCGGCGGCGGCAGCAGCAGCUGAGCGGGCGGCGGCAGAGCAGGCGGCGGAGGAGGCGGCUCGCCGCGCCCGGCACUUGAAAGCACUCUCCCGCAGGUCGGGCGCUGAGCGGGAGUUGGAGGAGCUGGUGUUCGGCGACAGCCUCAACGUGGAGGAGGACGAGCUGCUGCAGCGCCUGGCCGGCCCCCAGCGGCUUCAUGCUACAGAGAGGAAAAGUGCUCAGGAAGACUCCAGUGAUUCGGAAGUAGAAAAUGAAGCAAAAGGUAAAUUCUCGUCUAAAAAGCCAGCCUGGGUGGAUGAAGAUGAUGAAGCUGAGGAAAACGUUGAUAUGACCCAUAGGUAUAGGAAAGAUUUCAUGAAAAGUGAUGCUGAGAAGAUACUUACGAAGAAAAUGCUAAAAAGAAGACUUGAAGAACAGUUUCAGCGAGCUAUGGGAGGAGUUCCUGCCUGGGCUGAUUUAGAAAACAGGAAGAAAUCCAAAAGGACUACAAGUGAUAGUGACAGUGAUGAAGACGAUGAUGAUCUGCUAUGCAGGACUGGCAAUUUCAUAUCAAACUCAGAGUCCCUUCCAAGAGGUAUUUUAAAGAUGGCGACUUGCUUGCCUGCUAAUCAGGAACGUUUUGCUAAUGGAAAACUGGCAACUGUGCAGUUUCAUCCAUCUGCUCAAGUAGUCAUGACUGCUGGACAUGAUCGAUCUGUGUCACUCUUUCAGGUUGAUGGUAUAAGGAAUCCAAGAAUACAGAGCAUCUAUUUAGAGAGUUUUCCAAUUUAUAAGGCUUGUUUCAGUGUUGAUGGAGAACAAGUUAUAGCCACUGGUACUCACCAUAAAAUGUUCUUUGUGUAUGACAUGAUGAAUGGAAGUAUUAUUCCUAUACAGAAAGUAAGAGGUGUGGAGGAAAGAUUCCUCAGAAGCUUUGAACUUUCUCCAGAUGGAUCAUUUAUGCUUCUAACUGGAACUUCAGGUUACCUACACUUGUUGUCAAUGAAGACAAAGGAACUGAUUAGCACUAUGAAGGUAAAUGGAAGAUGCACUGCAUCUGCUUUCACUCCAGACAGCAGUAAAAUAUAUAGCUAUUCAAAGGAAGGCGAAGUUUUCAUUUGGGAUGUGAGAAGCAGAAAGUGUCUACACAAAUUUGAAGAUGAAGGUUCUUUGGAAGGAAAGUGCAUCGCUGUUUCAAAAAAUAACCAGUAUGUGGCAUGUGGUUCAGCUUCUGGAGUUGUAAAUUUAUAUACUACUGAUGUCUGUCUCAAAGAAAACCAUCCUAAACCAGUUAAAGCCAUAAUGAACCUAGUUACAUCUGCUACAUGUGUGACCUUCAAUCCCACCACGGAAAUUUUGGCAGUGGCUUCCCGUGAAACUGAUGAGGCUGUCAAAUUGGUGCACAUUCCUUCAUACACUGUAUUCUCAAACUUCCCGGUGUUCAGAAGAAAACAGAUUUAUCUUGCUCAAUCUAUGGACUUCUCUCCCAGAAGUGGUUUUUUCUCUGUAGCAAAUAACAAAGGCAAAGCUUUGUUAUUUAGGCUGAAACAUUAUUCAGAUUUUUAAAAGAAGAUACAGGAGAAAACAGACCAGUAACUGAGGUGUUGCAACCUGCAGAUACAAGUACGCUGACAAAAUCAAACAAGUUUUUUAUUUUAUGUGGAAGUUUAAAAAUACUAAUAUAACAUCUGUGUUUUUGAAUGUUGUUUCUUAAUAAACAUACCUGGUAAGUUUCGAGGAAAGUUGU